ACAUUUGUUUUGUACCUCAUCUAUCCAUUUUGAUGACUUAAGAUUCUUCUGCUGCAAAUGGCAAAGCCAAACAAAAACCACCUAAUUCUGGAGGUGGUCGGCCUGCAGKGGGUCGACCAGGUGGCGGUCGACCUGGCGGAGGUCGACCAGGUCCACCCAUGAAGAUGAAGACUGUCUUAGUCCCCACUUUAUAUGACAUCGAUCUUAAAGUUAAAAAGGGAAAAUUAAUAGGAAUUUGUGGCAGUGUUGGCAGUGGUAAAAGCUCUCUUCUUCAGUGCAUUCUAGCCCAGAUGCGUAAAACUCGUGGUCGAGUUGCUAUAGGAGGUUCUAUUGCUUACGUCGCUCAACAGGCCUGGAUUAUGAAUGCAACAGCCCGUGAAAACAUUCUAUUGGGUUUGCCAUUCAAUGAAGCACGAUACAAAUCAGUCUGCUUUGCCUGCAGUCUCRCCACAGACUUUGAGAUCUUACCAAAUGGUGACCAAACCGAAAUUGGUGAACGUGGAAUCAACCUUAGCGGUGGACAAAAACAGCGGAUAAGCUUAGCUAGAGCACUAUACGCCGAUAAGGAUUUAUAUCUUCUUGAUGAUCCRCUGAGUGCUGUAGAUGCUCAUGUAGGACAACACAUCUUUAAACACUUGAUUAAAGGAGCGCUUUGGGGGAAGACAGUUCUGUUUGCUACUCAUCAAUUACAAUAUCUUGGUCAGUGUGACAAUGUACUGUAUUUGAAAGAAGGACGAAUUGCAGAACGAGGGCCAUAUAACGAUCUCAUGAGGGACAAU